CCGAGGCUAAUGAAUUGGCGGGACUAUCACAAUCCCUCAUCUAUGCCUGGAUUUUCAGAUCCUGCAGACUUGGUGGCUGCUGGCUGGAGAAAACGCAAACGAGAUCAUGAAGACUCCGCAACACUGGUUCGGCCCCCAACGUUUGCGCCAUUUCGAGUAGAUCGCUCCGAUAGGGAUACCUGUUUGUUGCCCCUAUCUCGACAUCCAACGGAGACAGGCGACCACUCCUUCCGGCCGCGCUGUUUACCUCGCAAACGCCGACACGUUCAGGCCCCCUAUCUCACACUUCCCACCCAUCAACAAUCCCCUCUUCUCUCCCCCAGUGUCUACGCCUCAGCUCAGGGCUCCUAUUCUCCACCCGUGUCUCCCAGGACCGUCCCUAUCUCCUACCAGUCUACUUCGCCCUCCGCACUUCGUCCAUGCCACAUCUGUCACCGCCGUCCCACAACGCGACAAGUCCUGGAUGCAUAUGCAGACUGCGAUCUCUGUGGUGAACGAGCUUGCUUUAUCUGUCUCCGCCAAUGUGACGCUUUCGCCUGUCGUGGCACCCAUGGGCAUCCAGGAAUCCCUGGCGAUUCAGAUAUCUACAGCCCCGAGGCACCGUUUGAUCACGAAGGCACAGAUUCUCGAAGAAAGAUCUGCUCGAGCUGUGCGGUGGAGGGGAUAACUGAGAAUGGUAUGGAAAUCGUUCAGUGCCUGGACUGUGUCCGCGGCCAUUCUGCAACCUGGCCGGCUGGCUCUAUGGCUCCUGGAUGGACCUUGGAUGCCCGGAAUCAUGACCGUAUGAUUGGAUAA